AUGUGGUAUGGUCAAUUAGUAAUUGGUCCACCAGGAUCAGGAAAAUCUACAUAUGUGGCUGGAGUAGAUCAUAUAUUAAAACAGAUAAAUAGAAAAACUCUUAUAGUAAAUUUAGAUCCUUUUAUUGAAAAUGAUAUAUAUAAAGGUGAUAUAAAUAUAAGUGAAUUAGUUGAUAUAAAUAAGGUAUUUUCAGAUUUAGAAUUAGGACCUAAUGGAACCCUGAUUUAUUGUAUGGAAUAUUUGUUAGCUAAUUUUGAUUGGCUUGAAGAAAAAUUAAAGGAACAUAAGGAUUGUUAUUUAAUUAUUGACACUCCUGGUCAAGUAGAAUUAUACACACACAAUGAUGCUUUAAAAAACAUUGUUCAUAAGUUAAGUAAAUUAAAUUGUAGAUUAGCAUCGGUUCAUAUUGUUGAUAGCACAUUAUGCUCAGAUAAUUACAAAUACAUUAGCUCUUUACUUUUAUCUUUAUGUAGUCAAAUACAUUUAGAACUACCACAUGUUAAUGUUUUUUCUAAGAUAGAUCUUUUAAAAUAUUUUAAAAAUGAUUUGAAAUUCCCCUUAAGUUAUUAUGUGGAAGCUCAAAAUUUAAAUCAACUAAUGCUAUAUGCAAAAUAUCAAAAUUACUCUUCUUCUGAUUCAGAAGAUGAUUAUAUAUAUAAUAUAAAAAAUAAUUUAAAUGAUGCUAAUAUAAAAAAUACAAAAAAAAAUUAUAACAAAUAUUCAAAGAAAUUUUUAAAAUUAAAUGAAUAUAUAUGUGAAACUGUGGAAGAUUAUAACUUAAUAAAUUUUGCCUUAUUAGAUAUACAAGAUAAAUAUAGUGUUCUUAAAUUAUUAAAAAUAAUUGACGGAGCUAAUGGGUUUAGGUUUAGUUCAAUUUACUCAGAGUAUAGUUUAUUUGAUACCUAUGUAGAAUCAAUUGAAUACGAUUGUGAUGAUAUUCAAGAAAAAGUUAUUGACGUUUCUGAUAAUGAAAUUCUUAAAUCCUUUAAUGAUAAUUAA